AUGGCAUUCGUGAGCCCGCCGUCCACGUCUUCCAGCUCGGCGCCGGUUGCCGCGCUGGCUCCCUCGACCAACUUCGACAUUGUGGCUCACUACAACUCUCUCCUCAAGCGCGACCCCAGCAUCACCCCGGCGCUGGCAGCUAUAGAAUCCCUCAUAGCACUUUUUUCAGACAACCCUCUUACCACCAUAGCCGAGACUCUUGCACUCCUGGAGGCGCAGUCUAGCAUCCUUACGCACUCCCAGCAUAAUCCUAUCCCUGUAAGUGCCGGAUCGGACCUGUUUCAACGCUACAUCAUCUCAUCGUUCCAAUCACGUGCUUUGUUGCACCAUUCCGACUUCACUGGAUUGCGAAAGCAUCUCAUUUCCCAAUCCCGCGUCUUCAUACAGCGCGCUAAGAGCGCUGGCUCGAAAAUCGCAUCGCACGCCCUUCCCUUCAUCAGGGAGUCUGCAAUCCUAUUCACGUAUGACUCAGCCUGUCCCAUAAUCAGGACCCUCCUCACCACUACCAUAGAAGCCGACCGCUCCAUUUCCGUGGCGCACGUUACCACGCCCACUGCGCCUGCGACAAAUACGACUGGCUCAGCGUCCCUGCCAAGCACUAUACUGCCGCUGCAUGAAGUCGCUUACGCACUAUCAUCCCUCACCCCGACUCAACUCCAAGACGCCCUGUUCAUUGUCCCCGCAAGUGCGGUGCUCGAGAAUGGUGGCAUCAUCGCGCCGCUCGGCACGCAGCAGCUAGCCCUCCUGGCGCACGCGCACGGGAUCCCGCUCUACGUCGCCGUCGAGUCAUUCAAAUUCGUGCGUAAGUUCCCGCUGGGCUGCGGCGCGGAGGAGCUGGCGAAGAUGGGGACUAAACAGCCGACAUUGACGUUUUCGUCAGGCCAACAAGCCAGGAAGGUAGGGGGAGAGGGCGGAAAUGUCAAUGAAGGCAAGAAGACGAUAGAAAGAGAGGAGGAGAAGGUGGACAUAACGCCACCGUAUCUGAUCACGGCACUGAUCACGGAGAACGGUACUAUGACGCCAAGCGCUGUCAGUGAAGAACUCGUCAAGCUUUGGUUCUAG